AUGUUGAGCAUGACCUGUGAAAAUGAAGUUGAAGAUAUCAACAAAAGAAGACGGUCAGCUUUGGCAAGGAAGAUUCGAAAUGAUAUCAAUUCAACAACACCUGUUGCUUUAAGUAAACUAUCAUUCCUGUUCGAAGUGAACUUUAACAAAUUACAAGAAAACGUUGGGGCAACACCAGAUGUUACUAUACCCGAAAGAGAAGAUUGUUUUAUACCAGAAAAUUUCUCUAUUCACCAUUCCCGUAAAACGUUUUCCAUGAUGCCUCACUACGGACUGAAACCCCAAUACGUAAAAAUUGAUAUUGCUACUUUAAGGACUCUUGUUAAUAGAUCUGACAUUAUCAAACCUAUCGCAAUUUAUGAUCAAUCGCUGGAUGCAUAUACUAGAGAUUCGACUUACUUCAUGAGUCUAUUUGAUUUGAAAAAAAAGUAG